UCUGUUGUAUUUGACAGGAGGAAGUAGCAGCGGUGGGAUACGAGGAAAAAAAAACGUUGGGAAUCUUGGAGCUCGUCUGAAGGCUUUACAUGACUGAAACACAUCUGUAAUGUAAGGCUGCUGAAUCACAAGUCGAGGAAAGAUAUGCCUUAAUGUAUUUCAUACGUGAGUAUUAUAGAUAAAUGCUUUCUUCUCCUGUUUUCUUAAGGAUAUAUCGGCUGUGUUGUUGCUACCGCCUGCUAGCCUGUGCGCGUUCACAGGUGUUGUCAUACAAAUAAAAUGAAAACGUCUAAUUUGGGGUUAUUAUUGAAUUCAGCUUGGUCUGUUUGGUUGUUUCACAUCAUUUCUCCUCUGAUGAGUUAGAGGCAGAAAUAAAGAGCUCAGAAUGUAAGAGAAUAACCUGACAGCAUCCUGAAAUUAAAGAGAAAAACCACCAACAUUAAAACCUGCAGGUCAGAGUCAGUUCACAACAGGCUAACUGAUGUUAGCAUCUCUCCUUUAUUUACCUUUAUAUGAUAAUAAUAAUAAUGUGUGAGCAGGUAAAGGUCGGAACAGACCAACGUGAAACAGAGGAUGGAGAUGAGUCUGGUCUGCUCUUUUAUUAAAGUCAUUUUAGUUUUAAAGAUCAUUUUUCAUCCUAUUUAACUUAUCCUCUGAAUGUCAUAGUCGAUAUGGUUUCAUUCGAUCGAUUAGUCGAUUAUAGAGCAUCAUUGUACCGCUAUAAAUCCUCAGGUAGGGCCAGGCGAUAUGGGAAAAAUAUUAUCACGAUAUAUUUUCUUCAUAUCAGUCGAUAUCCAUAUAUAUCAUGAUAAAAAAAUGAAAUGUAACAGUGUUUACACUGUUGGGACAUCCCAAGAAAGUCCAGUUGUCCUUUCAACAUAGAACUAGAGAUCAUAGAUGCAGUAGGUUAUUGUGUUGGAAAAGACAUGCGACCAAUAAACACUGUUACAUUUCUUUUUUUUUUUAUCCUGAUAUAUAUCGAUAUAGACUGGUAUAAAAAAUAUAUAUAUCGUAAUAAACUUUUUCUCGUAUCUCCCAGGACUAAAGACGGGUUAAGACUAUUUAGACCCAAAGAUCCUCACAGGUGCUUUUAGAGACGAUAGCUGACUGACCCGCGCCUCCACCCACGACGCAUAAUUUAACUCCUUUCUUCAUAUCCAGGGUGGAGAUUUUCUCAUUUCCUGUCUUUCCCCAAAUCUUGCAGCUGAAGCCAGCAUUACGGAGACAAAUCGUCCAAACGUCAUUCACAUGAGGCAUGCUGGAAGUAUGCAGCCCAUGUACCGAAGAGAUGCUGGAGUCUGGCAUCAAACACGGAGCCUCCUCUACAAGAACCUGCUCAUCAAAUGGAGGACCAAACAGCAGAGUCUUCAGGUAUCAGAGACAGGGAGGUUCUGUCUGAUCUGGUCUGUGUGUGUUUGACACUCGUCUUUGGUCGGUCGGUACCUUACAAACUUAGUGACUGAAGAACGAAGCUUGUGUUGUUCAGAUUUAGAUACCAGGAGAAAGAUACUGACGUUGAACUGACUUUUUAUUGAUGAUCCACUUUAAUGAAGCAACAUUAGAGGUUAUUAGAGGUCUGAGGUUAUUUCAGGGGAAAUCACACCCACACACUUUGAAGACGCCGAGUUAUGUUGUUUUUCAGGUUUGCCUGUGGCUACCUCAGAAUACCCUAACACACACACACACACACACACACACACACACACACUCUAAAUGUGAUUUUAGAGGUGAACAGGAUAAAGACCUCUUCCUCUGUCCUCUUUGGGUUCCUCCUUCGUUGGACCAUGCAUUUUUUAUCUGGCAUUAGGUUGCACUGAUGCAUUUUUAAUGCCCCUUUGUAUCAACUUGUCUGCUCAGAAGGACCUCCUGCAGCGUCUCCAGCUGCAGUUAGAAAAGUCAAGAGGACUUCCUCAGCUGUAGUGAGAACAGUUGAACUUGUUUACUUCAUACCGGAGAUUCCUCCUCUUUGUCAGCGGCUGCUUAAGCUCAGGAUGACCGCUGACUUUGGUUUCUGUAAAUUCAUCAGUGUAAUCGGAGAAAGAGAUGGAGGUUAUUUCUCCGUGUCAGUUCUACAAACAGAUGAUGGUCAGGUAAACUCAGUCUUUCUCGGUCAAAUGUCUCGACCAAAAGCCCUGAAACAUCUCCAGGUCUAAAUCUGAACCUAGAAAGCUCUGGAUCAGCUCUAAACACGCUGCCGGCUCACGAUUUAUAGUUUUAAUUCAGUGUGUCGCUCAAGGUCAUGUUGGAGCAUGCUGUUUAUGGAUCAGAGGAGAGAAGGAGCGGCUCCUGUCAUGAAGCUGGUGGAGGUGCAGACUGAAGAACCAUCACAGAGGAAUCAGGGGUUUCACAGUUUAAAGGUGGAGUAGUCAGUGUAAUCCUGCCUACUCCACCUUUAAGAGCAAAGUCCUCUUUACUGUGUGAGUCAUGGUCUCACCUCUUUGGAUGGAGGGCAGAUCCAACCAGAGGAAGAUGUGGAGACAAACCGAGAACAUGAUUACAGAACUAUCUGGUCUGUUACAGAGGGAUCUGGUCUUCUGGAGGCGAGGAGAACGUCUCGUGUGUUUAGACACGAGAAGCUCAAAGACGUCUUUAACCAGCUGCUCCUUCUCCAUGUCUGUCUCUGCAGGAGCUGAUCCUCCCUCUCCUGCUGCUGGGUCUCCUCAUCCUCAUCAGCACCCUGAACCCUCAUGUGUAUUAUGGAGGCAUCAGCACCGUGGAGCUGGACCGGGAGGACUACUUCUUUAAGGGCCUGGGCUACACACCAAUCACAAACGUCACCAACCACAUCAUGGAGGAGGUGGCCCAGGAGAUGCGUAAGAACAGAAGAUUUUCAUUCUUGACAGUUUCUCAGUGUGAGAGAUCGCUGCGCUGUAACAGAGCUCUCUUCAUGUGUCUCAUCAUCAGACAUGCAGGAUCGUCUGGAGAUGUUCGCCAGUGAGGAGGACCUGGAGAACGCCAGCCUGUAUGAACCCUCCAGCUACGUCGGUGUGGUGUUCACGGACAACUCAGCUCUGUCCUACAGACUCAGAUUUCCAUAUAACCAGCUCCCUCUACCCAGCGACUACACAGAGUCCAUCGGUGAGGACAGAGCGGGUCUCUUUGGUUUAUUCUGAAUCUUAUUAUUUCGUUUUAUAAAUUUGAGCACUGCUGUAAGGGACCGUCUUUAAACGUAUUUUUACUGUCUAUCACCUGAGCAGGUCAGGUGAGAGUUUUAGGGACGUUCACCUACAGCCUUGAAUUUGCUCCUGGAUGAUUUUAAUGUGAGAGAGUCAGUCUCUCCAGAUUUUAGUUUAUCUUUUUAAUGAGAGGUGUUAGAGGAGAAUCAGACUUGGUCAAGAUACUUAGAUUUUUAAAGGUUUGUUUUUACUGAAACAAACCUUUUAAAAAGGUUAAAUCGGCUCUUUACUACGACGGAGUGUUAGGGCCAUGUUAAGAAAAAAAAUUAAGACUUUGAGAUUAAAGUCAUUAACUUAUGAGAAUAAAGUCGUAAUAAAGUCCUUCUAUUCUAACCUGCUGUCUAAGAUGACAGUUGUUGAAAUUAGAGCCGUGGAGCAUUUGGUGAAAAUAUACUUCAGUAUAUUUUUCUCAGUCGAGGAGAUACUUCAUCUUUAGUCACAUCAGCACCACAUUAUCAACAGUAUAGUCGUAUUAGUAGUUGAUUAUGACUGUAUUCUCAUAAGUAAUGACUCAUUCUCGUAAAUUAAUGACUUUAAUCUCAAAGUCUUAAUUAUUUUUUCUUAAUGUGGCCCUGAUACUCCGUCGUACUUUAGAAAGAGAACUGAUUGUUUCAUCUAAAUGUCCCAGUGUAAAGUUAUAUUUAGAAUAAAAGUGGACCCAGCACAGAUCCCUGAGGUCCUCCACAGGACAGAGAGGCUGUCUCAGAUAUAGAAGGUCUGAAACACUCAGGUGAACUCACACCUGAUGAAACUGAAGAAAAGAGACGCUCCAGCAGAGAGUGGGUACGUCUUAUUUUAACCUCUCAGUGAGAUGAAGUUACCUCCAGGUUUACUGAAGUCUCAUCUCAACCCUGACGCCUUCGUUAAACGACUGAUCGAUUCACUCAGUUAGUUGGUUUUAUUAUUGAGGAAAAGGAAAGUUUAAUAAGUCACUUUAUUGUAGAUCAUUUAUAGAGAUGAUGAUGAACACAGUCAAGAUAAGAUAUAAACUCUCUGUUUGUCCUCCUACAGCGAACUGUUUCAGCAGCUCAGUGAACUGCAGAGCAGCUAAUUACUGGUACUCCGGCUUCAUCCGCCUCCAGUCUCUAAUCGACGCCGCCAUCAUUCAGGUAGGAGACGCUGCAGACUCAGCGCAGUCCUUCAGGUUCAGGGUUUUUCACCGCCUGUCGUUGUGGUUUUGUUCAGAUGCAGACGAAGCGCUCGGUCCGGAAUGAGAUGAACCUGAAGGUGGUGAUGAUGGGUCAGCCCGGCUCUGUGGAGGUGCAGAAGUUCCCUCACGCCCUCAUCUCCAUCUACCUGGUCCUGGCCUUCACGCCCUUCGUCACCUUCCUCAUCGUCAAUGUUUCAGCGGAGAAGGAGCACCGCCUCAAAGACACCAUGACCAUGAUGGGGCUGUACGACACCGCCUUCUGGUGAGGCUCCGUCAGGAUCUGCUGCUGCAUGUUUGAGUGAAAUCAGCUGAUCUCCACUAACAGGUGUUCGUCUUCUUCAACAGGCUGUCAUGGGGUCUCCUGUACGCCGCUCUGGUGACCACCAUGUCCUUCCUGAUGGCCAUCAUCGCCACGUACACAGCUCUGUUUCCUAACAGCGACUUCUUCGUGGUCUUCUUCCUCAUCUUCCUCUACGGGAUAUCCUCGGUGAGUGAAGCUCUGAGAUCACUGAAGAGUAGGAGAGCUGCUUUGACACCGUCUUUAUCUGUCUGUGGUGAAGAAACCAAUCCAGGUUUAUUUAUAAAAUACAUUUAAAAACAACAAAACGCUGACCAAAAUUUUAAGAUCAAUCCUAAAACGCACAGGAAGUCAGUGAAGAGAGGCUAGAAUAGAGGAAAUGUGGUCAUAUUUACGGCGACCAGAUAAAACAGGAGCUGCUGCAGCGUUUUGAAGGAGCUGUAAACGAUGAAGAGAGGUUUGGAUGACACCAAAAUAAAGUGCAUUACAAUAAUAAAGACGAGUCGUGAGAAAAGCAUGAAUAACCUCCUUAAAAUCACUGACAGAUAAAAAAGACUUGAUGAUAAAAACUGACUUUUUCGACUGCAUUUAUAUGUAGAUCCAUUUUGAAAUCUCUGUCCGUUAUAACUACCUCCACUAAAGACGGUCUUCUGAUUUUGAUCACCGCACACAUCCUCUAAUUUAGCAGAAAAUAAUCUCUGUGUUUAUUUACCGAGGUCAAGAGUGUCAUUCAAUGGUCAGGUAACGAUGAGAGCACUCUGUGCUACAUGAAAAACUGAGAACUGAAGAUGGUGUGUUACCUUUGUAUUUAUGGGUGUAGAUUUAAUCGUUUUAUUGUCCCUUUUUAAUUAUUUUAUUGUCCCUUUUUUAAUUAUUUUAUUGUCCCUUUUUAAUUGUUUUAUUGUCCCUUUUUAAUUAUUUUAUUGUCCCUUUUUAAUCGUUUUAUUGUCCCUUUUUUAAUUAUUUUAUUGUCCCUUUUUUAAUUAUUUUAUUGUCCCUUUUUAAUCGUUUUAUUGUCCCUUUUUAAUUAUUUUAUUGUCCCUUUUUUAAUUAUUUUAUUGUCCCUUUUUAAUUGUUUUAUUGUCCCUUUUUUAAUUAUUUUAUUUUCCCUUUUUUAAUUAUUUUAUUGUCCCUUUUUUAAUUAUUUUAUUUUCCCUUUUUUAAUUAUUUUUUUGUCCCUUUUUUAACGUUUUUUUGUCCCUUCUUUAAUUGUUUUAUUGUCCCUUUUUUAAUUGUUUUAUUGUCCCUUUUUUAAUUGUUUUAUUGUCCCUUUUUUAACGCACAGACUGUAAAGUCACUUUUUAAUUUCGUCGUUCUUGUCACAAUGACAGUAAAAUUCUAAUCUGCUGUAUUUCUAAUGUGUUGGAAAUGUUGGAAAAGGAAACACGAUCUCUAAAUUUGGAGAGGGAUUUCUGCCAAACCUGUGAGAACUCAAAACCAAGAGAGGAGAGCUGGUUAGGAUCUCAUGUAGACACCGUCUCUCUCUCUCUCUGUUCCUCCACAGAUCUUCUUCUCCUUCAUGCUCACUCCCAUCUUUAAGAAGCCCAAGUUUGCCAGCACCGUGGGCUCCAUGCUGACUGUGGUGUUCGGCUGCCUGUCCCUCUUCACGGUGCUGAUGAAGGACUUUCCACAGCCGCUGGUCUGGCUCCUGUGUCUGCUGUCCCCCAGCGCCUUCUCCAUCGGGAUUGCACAGGUGAUGAACACGCCAACACUCCUCCUCCUCCUCCUCCUCCGUCUUCGUCCUUCUUCUCCUCCAUCUUCAUCCUCCUCCUCCUCCGUCCUCCUCCUUGCUCUCUCCCCCUCGUAUCCGUCUGACCUCUCAGUAUUUGUGUUUCUGGGUCAGGUGGUCUAUCUGGAGGCCCAGGGAGAUGGUGCUGUCUUCUCCUCCUUGGCCAACGGUCCUCAUCCUCUUUACGUGCCCCUGCUCAUGCUGGUUCUAGACUGCGUCCUCUACCUCCUGCUGGCUCUGUACCUGGACCAGGUCCUCCCUGGUAAGUCCUGAAUCUGACUCUUAACUAAAUAACCCUCAGUGUUGAAUAUCAGUCCUCAUCCACUGUCUCCACCUUUUCUCCUUGAAUACAGGUGAGUUUGGUAUGAGGAGGUCCUUGGUGUACUUCCUGAAGCCGUCCUAUUGGUCCAAACGCAGAAAGCGUUACGUGGAAGUCAGCUCCGUGUACGACGCCGAGGUUAAAGGUGCUGCGGGCGGGGAGGAGUGUAUCGAGCCUGUUUCACCUGAGUUCAGAGGGAAAGAAGCCAUCCGGUAAAAGUCCAAACUCUCAUCUGAACGUCAGCUGUUCUGUGUGUAAAAGCAGUCAGAUAGAAAUCCUUAAUUUUAUGAAAAUCCUGCUCUGUGAAGUCAAAGAUGUAACCCUGUUUUAUUCAGACUGAAUUCUGAGGAAAAAGGCUGUUUGAGUUUCUAAUCUCAGGCUCAGAUGGUUCAGACCUGCAGCCUGGACCGGGUUCUUGGUCCACAGCCAGCUCUCCUCUCUGCUCCAUAUGUCCUCACUGCUGUCAGGAGCUUCUGGGACGGGCGCCCUGAAACCUGAGCUCUGACUCUGUGCCUGUGUUUACGUGUGUCUCCUCCUCCUCCUCUCUGUUUUAAUCAAACUUCACCUCCUCUUCUUCUUCUUCUUCUUCUUCUUCUUCUUCUUCUUCUUCUUCUUCUUCUUCUUCUUCUUCUUCUUCUUCUUCUUCUGCAGCAUCAGUAACAUCCAUAAAGUCUACACAGAGAAGGACAACACGGUGGAGGCUCUGAGAGGUGAGUCACACCUGAGAUGAAGCUCUGAUCACAGCUCUGAUGGAGAACACGCUCAGGUUAACCCAGACCGCUCUGACUCCUCCAGGUUUGACCUUUGACAUCUACGAGGGCCAGAUCACCGCUCUGCUGGGGCACAGCGGGGCCGGGAAGUCCACCCUCAUGAACAUCCUGUGCGGCAUCUGUCCCCCCACCACCGGCUCGGCCACCAUCUACGGCUCCCCCGUGGCCGAGAUCGCCGAGACGUCGGAGAUGAAGCAGCUGGUGGGGAUCUGCCCGCAGUUCAACAUCAUCUUCGACGUGCUCACCGUGGAGGAGCACCUGAGGAUAUUCGCCGCCAUCAAAGGGAUCCCGCCAGCCGACAUCGACGCUGAGGUAGUCUGACCGUCUGAAAGAUACCUGCUCUGAAAUCUUUGGUUGUUUUUCCUCAUUGAGGAUUCAUUUUUAACAAGUUCAGUGUGUUUGUAAAAUCAGAGUCCAGUCUGUGUCGAUACUGAGUGUCGGGAUUUAACAGGAAAUUCAACUAAAAAGAGCGUCUGUUAACGAACGACAAAAAUAACCCUCUGAACAACAUUUUACUCACAAUUAAGACACUAAGUUCAGGCUGCAGUGAUGACUCAUCGCUGAAUUUGAUUAAGAAAUAUUGAUUGCUGAUUAAUUAAGUGGAUUAAAAACAUUGUAGAAUAGAAUAUAGAAUAGAAUAUUCCUUUAUUGAUCCCCCAUGGGGGAAAUUUUUUUGUCACAGCAGCAUCACAGACAAGACAAAAAGUGCAAAAAUGCAGUUAUAACAAUAAGGGUCCUAAUAUUAAGAACUUAAAUAAAUGUAAUAAUUAAAAAAAAAAUUAGAAAAGGGAGAAGAAAAAAUAAAGCUUUCUACAAUAUACACAAUUUAAAUGCCAUAAAAAAAGUGGUGGUGUAAAUCCAGUUUUGUUACUGUUCAUUGUAAAGUCUUAUUGCAGAGGGGAGGAGUGAUCUGCGGUAGCGCUCCGUCCUGCAAAUUGUGUAGGUUUGUUUUCUCUGUGAGCCUGAUGGAACCAAGAGGGAAAAAAAAGGUACUGAGAGCAGGAUUGUGUCCUCAAACAUGAGAGGUCUCGGAGCGUUUCGUCCUCGAUGUUUGAAGGAAAACGUCGACAGAAUAUUUUGUUUAUCACUGGAGCACAUCAACGGUUCACGAGUGUUUGAGGAGAAGAGCCAAAAAACAGCUUAAUAAUUCAAUGAGGAUUUAAUUCUAAAGGUCUGUCAGUUUAUUGUCUUGUGUGAACGUUUAUCCACCCACCACCCUUUUUAAAGUGCGAUUUUCUCUCCAUCAUUUACGUUUCCCUACAAACUCUUUGUCUCUUUCUUUUUAUAACAUGUUUUUCCUUAAAUUCUCGCCACGUUACCAUAGAAACCACACGUCCAAACUGACCCUCCGACCUGCGUGAACACCGGCAGGACAAAAAUCAGAGUUCAGUUUCUGUUUGUCCAGUUUUGUGUCUUUAAAACUGUCAUAAUAAUAGUUGAUAAAUCCUCGUCUGUUGUUUCCUGAUUCUCCUUCUCUAUCGCUUCAUUCAUGAAAUUAUUUUGUCGUUUAAAGUUGAUCUUCCUCCUUUUUUAUAGUUGAUGUUUAAUCCUGAGCUGUUCUCUGUCAGGUUACCAAAGUGCUGAAAGAUCUGGACCUGGAGAAGAUCAUGACGGCCCAGGCCAAGAACCUGAGCGGAGGCCAGAAGAGGAAGCUCUCGGUGGGCAUCGCCAUCCUCGGAGACCCAAAGGUAUCUGCAGACGAACACGAACAAAGAUCUGAUGUAGUUCAGAGACAGCAUCAAGGUUCUGGACCGUGUUUGUUCCUCUCAGAUCCUGCUCUUGGAUGAACCCACCGCAGGUAUGGACCCCUGCUCCAGACACCAGGUCUGGUCUUUGCUGAAGAGUCGCAGAGCCGGGAGAGUCACAGUCCUCAGUACGCACUACAUGGACGAGGCCGACAUCCUCGCAGGUAAAGACCCCGACGUCAGGAGAUCCAGAACCUGUCAGCAGGUGAUCUGGACUUUUUAAGGUCUAGAUUCAGGUUUUAACCGAGUAAGAGAACAACAAGUUUGUGUUUCAACAUUUGAGAUUCAGAGGCUUUUAUUUUGAAGACCCUGAUCCUCCGUCGUUAUAGAGGGUGAAGAUGGUUGUUGGAGAUAAUCUCUCAAACUGAUUUUCCCUCCAGAUCGUAAAGCCGUGAUUUCUCAGGGUCAGCUGAAGUGUGUGGGCUCCUCACUGUUCCUCAAAGUCAAGUGUGGUGUUGGUUAUCAUCUCAGGUCAGUAAACUCACUUCUGCUCACGGCUCGGCUCCUGAGGUUCCUGCAGAGGUCAUGGUUUCUUCAUGUCCUGGACCUGGACUUUGUUUCUCUUCCUCACAGGAUGUCCAUCAACGAGAGCUGUGACGCGGAGAAGAUCACGGCGCUGGUGAAGCACCACGUCCCUAAAGCGAAGCUGUCCCGACAACACGAGGCAGAGCUGACGUUCACGCUGCCUUUUGAGAGCAUGGACACGUUCGCAGGUCAGAUCAUCUGAACAGACAGGAAGUUUAAGUUUGAGUUUCAUGUGAAAGUUUUAGAUUUACCGUCUCUUAUCUCAUGUUCUGAUGAGUUUAUCCUCCACAGGCUUGUUCUCUGAGCUCGACUGUCAACCCAAUCUGGGAAUAAUCAACUACGGGGUUUCCAUGACAACACUGGAGGAUGUUUUCCUGCGUUUGGAGGCAGAGGCCGAGGUCGACCAGGCUGGUAAGUCUGACGGACGUAUCAAUAAAGAUCAUUUCUGAUAAAAUAGAGUGACUGUACGCCUGUUCGCCUGUUUCCUGUCCUCAGACUACAGCGUGUUUAACCGGGAGCAGGUGGAGGUCGAAUAUGACAACACGUCUCUGGAUGAAACGGACCAGCGGCUGCUGACCUUCUCAGACAGCACAUCGGAUGUUGUGACAGGUCACGCUCUGUGGCGGCAGCAGUUCAGCACCGUGGCCUGGCUGCACAUGCUCAACAUGCACAGAGAGAGGAAAGCCUUCAUUUACACGUGAGCGCCGUCAGAUAACCUCAAACCUCAAUACUCGAGCGUUUUCCCCGUACGUCACUCCUCUCUGUCCUCAACAUCCCUCUCUUUCAGUCUGGCCCUGUUCCUGGUCUUCGUCGCCGCCGUGCUCGUACUUUCUCUGGUCACAGGAAACAUCCAGAUCAACUCCCCGGACCGUCAGUUUCUUCCCAUCUACCUCCUCAAGAAGAAUGAGGCGCCCAGAAGAUACGCCACCAGCCUUCUGGUCCAGAACUCCUCAGGUCAGUGUUUCAUGGAUUUAUAUUUACCCCUAAACUGAAGAACCGGACCACAGUGACCCGGGUCACCAGCAGGAGCUGCACAUGUUCUAAUAGGAUCCUGUCAGCAGUAAAUCCAGAUCAAUGAGAACAGGCUGGAGGUGAAACACUAACCCAGCUCAGUGAAGUUGAUGAUGAUGAUUGAUGAUGAUGAGGAGGAGGAUGAGGAUGAUGAGGAUGAUGAUGACGAGGAUGAUGAUGAUGAUGAUGAUGAUGAGGAUGAUGAUGAUGAGGGUGAUGAUGAUGAUGAUGAGGAUGAUGAUGACGAGGAUGAUGAUGAUGAUGAGGAUAAUGAGGAUAAUAAUGAUGAUGAUGAUGAGGAUGAUGAUGAUGAUGAGGAUGAUGAUGAUGAUGAUGAUGAUGAGGAUGAUGAUGAGGAUGAUGAUGAGGAUGAUGAUGACGAGGAUGAUGAUGAUGAGGAUAAUGAGGAUAAAAAUGAUGAUGAUGAUGAGGAGGAUGAUGAGGAUGAUGAUGAUGAUGAUGAGGAUGAUGAUGAUGAUGAUGAGGAUGAUGAUGAGGAUGAUGAUGACGAGGAUGAUGAUGAUGAGGAUAAUGAGGAUAAUAAUGAUGAUGAGGAUGAUGAUGAUGAUGAUGAUGAUGAUGAUGAGGAUGAUGAUGAGGAUGAUGAGGAUGAUGAUGAGGAUGAUGAGGAUAAUGAUGAUGAGGAUGUUGAUGAUGAUGAUAAUGAGGAUAAUGAUGAUGAUGAUGAUGAUGAUGAUGAUGAUGAUGAUGAUGAUGAUGAUGAUGAUGAUGAUGAUGAUGAUGAUGAUGAUGAUGAUGAUGAUGUUGAUGAUGAUGAUGAUGAUGAUGACGAGGAUGAUGAUGAUGAGGAUGAUGAGGAUAAUGAUGAUGAGGAUGUUGAUGAUGAUGAUGAGGAUAAUAAGAAUGAUGAUGAUGAUGAAGAUGAUGAUAAUGAUGAUGAUAAUGAUAACGAUGAGGAUGAAACCCUAUCCCAGCUUAGUGAUGAUGAGAUUGGGGAUGAAGUUAGGAAUGAUGAGAAUAAUGAUGAUGAUGAGGAUGAUAAUGAUGAUAAAAUCCUAUUCCAGUUCAUUGAUGAGGAUAAUGAUGAUGAUGAUGAUGAUGAUGAUGAUGAGGAUAAUAAUGAUGAUGAUGAUGAUGUUGAUGAUGAUGAUGAUGAGAACAAUGAUGAUGAUGAUAACGUUGAGGAUCCUCUCAGUUCUGCUUUCCUCUCUCUGUACCCUCUUCUUCAGCCUGACUCUUCACAUGAACCCGUGUCUCCGCCGUGUUUCUCUCUCUCCUCCCAACAGGUUCUGAUAUUUCUGAUUUCAUCCACAACCUGGAGUCUCAGAACCUCAAAGUGGAGAUGAUGAGACACAGCGACUACAUGUCAGCAGCUCCCCACAGCAGCGCCAUCAACGUGACAGGAUCCACUAAGGUCAGAGCGGCGCUGUGAUUUUCCACAUUUCUGUAUCUGAUCGAAUGUUUCAUUAAACUGGAGAGUUUAAUCAUCAGCAGCAGGUGUGGGCUCACCUCCACCUCCAGAUAAUGUGCUUCAAGUAGUCCAUGUGAAGAGCUCUCAGCAGCAGAGUCCUCCAGCUGAGAGGUUUUUACCUGAAGUGGACCCUGUUAACCCUCUCUGUGCCUGUUCACAGGGUUUCAGAUACAGCGUGGCGUUCAACAGCACCACGGUCCACUCCUUACCCAUGGCCGUCAACAUCCUGAGCAACACUCUCCUCCGAGGUCUGAACGGAACCGGACAGAUCCGGACCUGGACCAAACCGUUUGAUUAUGUGAGCGUCUGACAGAAGGAGGAGUUUGAUAACGCCGAUCGUUGUGAUUGAUCUGGAUAUUAAAGGUUUCUAAUCUCCCUGCAGCAAAUCCCCGACGCCACCUCCUACGCUCUGGUCUACAUCGAGGCCAUCAUACUGGGAAUGCUGGCUGCUGGGAUGCCUGCGUACUUCGCAAUGGACCACACCCGGGACCGAGAGGUGAGUCUUGAGUUUCCACCACAGGGACACUGAUCUUGAUUUUUUAUCGUCUCAUAUUUUGUUUCCGUCUCGUCAGAUCAAGUGUCGCUCCACGCUCCGGAUCUCCGGUCUGGUACCGUCAGCUUACUGGUGUGGACAGGCGGCGGUGGACAUCCCCUUCUUCUACCUCAUCCUCUCCACCAUGAACAUCAUCCUCUUCUCCUUCCACACGGGGAACCUGCUGACCUCCAGUAACCUCACGGCGGUGGUUCGUACUGUCGUUUAAACAUUUAUCGCCAUAUUUCACGGGCAGGACUGAGCCGUACAGAUACUUUCAUAUUUGCAUCAGAAGUCGGCGGUUUAGGCUCCUCAGGAGGAGCAGGAAGUCUGAGCUGGAAGGAGGCGUGGAUGAAUAUCCCUUGACUCCUCCCCUGUCUUCCUUCAGGUCCUCUGCACAGUAGGCUUCUGUCCAUCCGUGAUCCUCUUCACGUACGUGUUUUCUUUCGGCUUCGCUCGAGUCCAGAGUAACAGGGACUUCUUCUCCGUCAUCUCCAUGAUGGUGAGAUCAUUUAGAGAAACACUUUUGACCUCAGAUCAACACACUCUGACUGUGGUACCUUCAGGUGUGUGUGUGUGUGUGGUCUCUGACUGUGGUACCUUCAGGUGUGUGUGUGUGGUCUCUGACUGUGGUACCUUCAGGUGUGUGUGUGUGGUCUCUGACUGUUGUACCUUCUCCCUCAGGUGUGCGUGGUCUCAGCCUCUCUGGUUCAGUCGUUCGUCCACGACAGCCCUGGACUCUCCAGGAACCUCCACAACAUCUUGUGUUUCUUCAACCCUCUCUACCCUCUCAUGGGCUGCCUCAACUGCAUCACCAAGGUAGGACCAACAGUCAUUUCUCUGUUUUUAGCUCUGCUCACUGAGAGGAAACACCUCUCUGAUGUUGUGGUUCUUCUCCUCCUUCCUCUCCAGGCGACCUUCCUCCCCUCCGUCUAUGAAGAAAACUCUCUGUGGAAGAAUCUUCUCAUCGCUGUCGUUGCUGUAAGUUCUUCUCAAACAUCUAAACUCUCAGAGGUGGCUCCUCUCUCUGCCGUGAUACUGAAGGUUCCUGUCUGUCUGUGUCUUCAGCCCUACCUUCAGUGCAUCCUGCUGCUGUUCCUCCUGCGGUGGCUGGAGAUCCGGUACGGAGGGAAGACCAUGACCAACGAUCAGUUCUGCAGGUGAGGAACGCUUCAGCUUCAUUUUUGACGAUAUUUUCCACUUAAAAGACAAAUAAUGAGUCUUUUAUAUUUCAAGAUUUGUCGUCAGUUUUCAUCAAAAGUUCGUUUUCAUGAUUUUGAUAUCAUCUCUACAGGAUCUCCUCAAAGUCGAAGCACAAAGUGGAGAGGAAUCCAGAAGACGGGCUGGACGAGGAUGAGGAUGUUCAGAUGGAGAAGGCCAGAGUGAAGGAGGCCCUGACCUGCCAGUCCUGUGAGGAGGUACGUGAAGAAACCUGGAGGACUUUCUUCUACCCCACAGUGAGGAGCUGCUGAACCAGAUCUGGAAGUUCUCCACCUUUAGAGGAGACGUCAUAAAAUCUGACUCAGUUUGAUGGACAUGAAACAGAUUUUUCUUCAUCAGUAACUAAAAUAACUUUGGGGUGAGGCAUCUAAAGAGGUUUUUAAAGACCUCUUUUCUUACAGAAGACCGAGGAUCAUUAAGACAGGAACAGUCAGCUGUUUGUCUCCUGAUCAGUUUGGAUCUUUGAACUUUUGGAGAUUUCGAUCAUGAGUCCUGGCUGGCUCGCCACAUAUGUUGUAGAAAAUGAACAUCUUCUCAGAUCUCCUCCUGACUCCUGUGAAUGUUUCACUGAGUUUAUUUUCAUUUUCUACAACAUCAUACAGAGUUUUUGGACUCUACACAAACACCGCUGACCCUGAUGUUUCUUUAAAGUUCUGGUUCUGAUCGUCUCUCUCCGUCUCUCUUUAGAAACCCGUGGUGGUGGUGAGUAACCUGAGGAAGCAGCACAAAGGCAGACGAGAAGGUUUCUCCCUGAACAAGACCAGGAAGGUGGCCACCAAGAACAUCUCCUUCUGCGUCCGUAAAGGUCUGUGUGAUCCUCCAGAGUCUGAUUCGGCGGGUCCAGGUCCAGGUCCAGGUCCGGUUUUCUCAUGAUAGACUAACUUGAUUAUUUCUGUCUCUUCAGGGGAAGUUCUGGGACUGUUGGGUCCAAACGGAGCAGGAAAGACCACCGUCAUGCACAUGCUGUCAGGGGACACAGACCCCACAGCAGGACAGGUACUGAUCCAGCUGAAGCUCCUCUCCUGAGUUAGAGAGAGAUCUUCAGGAACUGGAUCUGAAAAAACUGAUGGUCUGUCUGUCCUGGUUCAGGUUCUGAUGGGGGACUACAGCACCGAGUUUCGGCCCGUGGACAGUCCUCUGGAUCACGUGGGCUACUGUCCUCAGGUGAACCCUCUGUGGCCCAGGAUCACUCUGCAGGAGCACCUGGAGAUCUACGCCGCCAUCAAGGGCCUGAGAGGACAGGACAUCCCCGGGAUCAUCAAACGGUGAGUCUGACCUUCAGAGGAGGAGGAGGAGAACCUUCAGAGGAGGAGGAGUUUUGAGGAGGAGGAGUUUUGAGGAGGAGAACCCUUUAGGAGGUCAUUUUAGAUGAUGACUAAGAGGAACCUGUUUCUGUCCUCAGGGUGGUCAACGCUCUGGAGCUCAAGGACCAUCUCCACAAACAAGCCAAGACCCUGUCAGCAGGACUGAAGAGGAAGGUGAGCUGAUGGUGUCAGACCUCAGGAGUCCGUCCAGAAGGUCCAGAAGGUCCGGUCUGGUUUUCACAAACUCUUCUUCUUCUUCUUCUUCUUCUUGUUUUUAUCGUUCAGCUGUGUUUCGCUCUGAGUAUGAUCGGGAAUCCUCAGAUCGUUCUUCUGGACGAACCAUCUUCAGGGAUGGACCCAAAGUCCAAACAACGCAUGUGGUGAGACUCUGAUGAAGGGGGGGCGGGGUCUGCUGUUAGACCUGCUGCUGUGUUUACGAUGAGUCAGCUGUCAGGAGGAGAUGAAGGUCCAUCUAUAUCUAUCUAUCUAUCCAUCUCUAUUAUCGAUUAUCUUUGUUUUAAAGUGAUGAAGUUUUCUGUUUUUGUUUGGAGGCGGGGCCUUCGAACCCGGACUACAGCCUCUCUGUACGGGGGGGCGGGGCCACACCGGGGCCCCUGGUUAUCCUCAGUUUGACGUUUUCUGUCGAGUGUUUUUAGUGAAAUAAAGUUUUUAAGUGGAGGACUUCCUCUUAAAACCUGACCCCCCUCUGACCCCUGUCUCUGUCCACACAGGAGGGCCCUCAGAGCGGCCUUUAAGAACCGCCAGAGAGGCGCCAUCCUCACCACGCACUACAUGGAGGAGGCGGAGGCCGUCUGUGACCGCGUCGCCAUCAUGGUGUCCGGUCAGCUGAGGUUGGUAUCCGCGUUAUUAAAGCAUCAGAGUGACCUCAGAGUGACCUCAGAGCGACCUCAGAGUGACCCCAGAGUGACCUCAGAGCGACCUCAGAGCGACCUCAGAGUGACCUCAGAGCGACCUGAUUGGUCCGUGUCCUCCCUCAGGUGUAUCGGCUCCAUCCAGCAUCUCAAAGGGAAGUACGGUCAGGGUUACAGCCUGGAGGUCAAACUGCGAGAGGAGCUGACGGGACUCCAGCAGGUGGCGCUCUUACACAAAGAAAUCCUGCGGAUCUUUCCUCACGCCGCCCGACAGGAGAGGUGAGAUCCAGAUCUGAGGUUUGAUGAACGACGGUUUGACCCUGAUGUGACCUCUGACCUCUGACGCUCUCUCCGCAGCUUCGCCACUCUGAUGGUUUAUAAGAUCCCCAUGGAGGACGUCCAAUCACUGUCCAGGGCUUUUUCUCAGUUAGAGAGCGGUGAGACCCUGCAGGACACACACACACACACACACACAUAAACACACACACACACACGCACAUAAACACACACACAUAAACACACACACACACACACACACACACACACACAUAAACACACACACACACACACGCACACCUAAACACACACACACACACGUGUUAAUUUUUAAUGUCUCUCUCUCUCUCUCUCUCUCACUCUCUCUCUCUCUCUUCUCUCUCUCUCUCUCUCUUCUCUCUUUCUCUCUCUCUCUCCCUCUCUCUCUUCUCUCUCUUUCUCCCUCUCUCUCUCUCUCUCUCCCUCUCUCUCUCACUCUCUCUCUCUCUCUCUCUCUCUCUCUUCUCUCUUUCUCUCUCUCUCUCCCUCUCUCUCUUCUCUCUCUUUCUCCCUCUCUCUCCCUCUCUCUCUUCUCUCUCUUUCUCCCUCUCUCUCUCUCUCUCUCCCUCUCUCUCUCACUCUCUCUCUCUCUCUCUCUCUCUCUCUCUCUCUCUUUCUUCUCUCUCUCCCUCUCUCUCUCUUUCUCCCUCUCUCUCUCUCUCUCUCUCUCUUUCUCUCUCUCUCUCCCUCUCUCUCUCUCUUUCUCUCUCUCUCUCCCUCUCUCUCUUCUCUCUCUUUCUCCCUCUCUCUCUCUCUCUCUCCCUCUCUCUCUCACUCUCUCUCUCUCUCUCUCUCUCUCUCUCUCUUCGUCUUCAGCCAAACAAACCUUCAACUUUGAGGAGUACAACUUCUCCCAGUCCACCCUGGAGCAGGUACGUCCUCCAUCAUGGUUUUGAUUUCAGAAGGUCUGAGGUUCGAGAGGAAGAAGAAGAAGAAGAAGAAGAAGAAGAAGAAGAAGAAGAAGAAGAAGAACCCUCUGACUGAAUUAGAAACAUUUAACUAGAAGUAAAUUAGAAAAUUAAAAAAUACACUUUUGAAACCUGGAGCUUUUGAAAGACGCCGCCGGUUUACCUCAUGACCUUCUCACCGCCCAACCCCUCGGUUCUGGAUCCUGGUGUAGAAUCAAACCCGUCCUCUCGUUUGUCCCGCAGGUCUUUAUGGAGUUCGCCAAGGAGCAGGAGAACGAGGAGGACGAGAUCGGCUCCCUCAGCACCACCUUCCAGUGGCAGCGCCUCCGUCAGGACGGUCCGGUCUCCGUCAACCACACGGACAGCAUCGUUCACCAGCUCUAAACCCGAGACGCCGACAGGCCGGUGACUGACCGGCUCUGAACCCGUCCUGACCGGGUCACGCCAGCACUCCUACACCACACCCGACCACGGGACCACGGACGUGGGUGGAGGCUCGCACACACUGGGGCCGACUGUGUGUGUGUGUGCGUGCGUGUGUGUGAGGGCCCCUUUUGUGCGGCUCUGAGGUGUGCAUGUGUGUAACUCCGGUCCACUGCUGCUCCGUGUUUUCUGAAGCGCACUGACGGAGGGUCCGAGGGUCUUUCUGAGGCGACUCCUGCUCCUCCUCUUUUUAACGGUGUCGUUUUUUUAUCCUCCUCCUCACAGGCGGAGAAACGGUGUACAGAAAAAAAACUAUAAAAAAACAGAUAAUAUAUUCUACUGAAGCUUUAUAACCCUCCACAUCCAUCCGUCAUCCAUCCGUCAUCCAUCCGUCAUCCAUCCGUCAUCCAUCCAUCCACCCUCCUCCUCUCCACUCGGCGUGUUUUCUCUCGUCUCUUCAGAUGUUUCCGUGUUUGUUAAACGUUUUUUUUCUCCGUCCAGAUCGAACCAAAGCAGCACAUCUCUGACACACACACACACACACACACACACACACACACACACACACACACACACACACACACACACACACUCCUCACACUGACACUGAAACGUUCCCUUACUUUGUGUGUGUUUGUGUGUUUGUGUGUGUGUGUAGCAUGUGUGCACUCAUGUUUGCGUUAUAGUUCAGAGAAGAAGAAGAAGAGCAGAGCGAGGAGGAGGUGGGAGGAGCGUCCUCGUCUGGCUCCUCCUCUUUACUGGGGGGGGUCUCCUCCUCAUCGACACCAGCACGCACAUCUUCAACAUCCAGACCCGGUUUUUACCACAACCCCCCCAGGACUGAGUGUUCGGCCUCCUCGCUCUAAGGGAGCUCUGUGAUUGGAGGAGAGGCGGUCCGUCAGGUUUGAGGAGGAGGGUCCGGACCCCCCCUGUUGAAUAUGCACACACACACCAGUUCAUGUAGCACACUGCCCUCCUCGGACCCCCAGAGUCUCAGACUGGACCGUUUGGAUCCGGAUCGGUCUGAGCAGAACUUUUCAUAUCAGAGUUUUUUGAAUGUAGACUCGGAGGGUUCGGAACGGCGGCGGGGGCGGCGACCUCCCCGCUGACGACGACGUCACCGCGUCACUUUGGUGCCACUUUUAUCCACAGAUGUGUUUGUUGACUCUAUUUAGUGUGUGUGUGUGUGCGUGUGUUUAUUGUGUUGUAAAUACCGUGUGUACGUCUACGUACGGUGGCCGAGAACUGCCAAUGCUGCGAAUAAAAAAAAAAAAAAAAAAAAAAAAAAGUCACAACGGAAGUUACCGAUGCAAAUAAAAGAAACUAAAGCCCACUGCAAAAAAAACCAGGGAAAUAAAAAAAAUUUAAAAAACAAAAUGGAAGUUACAGAUGCAAAAAAAAAAAAGAAACCGAAACCUGCUGCAAAUAAAAAAUGAAACAGGGAGAUUUAAAAAAAAAAAUAAACAGUGGAAGUGGAAAAAAGUGCAGAAAAAAAAAAAAGCUAGAUGAAAUAAAAAGCCACAAAGAAAGUGGCAGCUCACUUCUGUUGUGGCUUUUUUUUUUUGGCAUCCUUUUAUUUUCACAGUAAGUAACUUUUUUUUAUUGCAUCGCCACUUUUUUUGCAUCAUUAACUUUUGUUGUGGCAUUUUAUACAUUUUUUUAUCUGCACUGUUUCUUUUUUUAUUUGCAGCGGGCCUUGUUUUUUUUUUUUAAUCUGCAGCAGUAACUUCCGUUGUGACUCUUUUUGUUGUUUUUUUUAUUUGCUGCACGCUUCGGUUUCUUUUAUUCGCGUCGUUAACUUCCGUUGUAACUUUUUUUUUGUGUUCUUUUUUAAUUUUCAUCAGUGGCAGUUCUCGGCCUCCGUAUCUACAUUAUCUUAUAUUUGUACAUGCAGGUGCGUUGUUUGUGCAAUACUCUCAGCAAACCGUCAAAUUGUAAUAUUUUGACAUUCGGGGGGGAGGGGGCGUGGUCAAAGGGAAUUAAAGGUUAAUGAAUUUAGUAGUUUAUUGAAUUAAAUUUUGUGUUUGAUUCUGAUCGUAAAUAAAGUGAGGGGAGCAGACUUUAACUAGAACAGGAGGACGAUAAUUGGACGAUGUGACGGUUCAGGAGGUGCGUUUCUUUUGACCACCUGCACAGAUGAAAACACCGUCCUGAGGAGAAAGUUUUUGUUCUGUGUCGGUUUUUUCAUUCUCACUUUUCUUUCCUGUUUUCAUGAACCGAGUCUGAGCUGGUUCAUCAAAAAUCAGAGACGUUUGAAAAGUCGUUUCCACCGCAGACAUGAGAAACUUCAGAGAGGAUCCCGGUGCCCCGGUUUAAAUGUGAAAACCUGAGUGUGUUUCUGCACACGUGUAGCCUCGCUCUCUGACAUGAAGCUGAACGUGUGGAGGAGCGUCUCCUCUGUUUUUUUAGGGUUUCUGAUUUAACAGAAUAAAUCGACUCUGUUUUUAUUGGAGGGAUUUCUUCACUCUGUCACCCCGGUUCAUUCAUUCAUUCAUUCAUGUGUUUUUGUUUUCUGAAGCCUCAGUUUUAGUCCCAUGUAGCUCCUCAAACAGCAUCAGCUUCUCUGCACUCGUCCAGAUCUAAAAACAUUUCACCUGAACUGAAGAAACCAGAAUCUUUUUUCGCUCUGAGAAUUAAAAAAAGGAGAAUUUCGAAGCUGGUUUCAAGAUUGAGGAGGUUUCAUUCGAUUUUCCUGGUGGUGGUUUAUUUGCACUAUUUCUGGGAAAUUUUAUAACUUUAUUUCUAUUAUGCAAUCUUUGUAAGAUUCUCCGUGCACUGAUUUAAGUUUUUUAAAGAGUGUGGUUUCGCCCUGUUUAGCCGUUUUUUCCUCCUGUAUCGCCCGCAUGUCUGGAUGGACACUCAUCAUUAAUGAACCCUGAGACCUUUUCAUGAAUAAAUGUUAAUUCAAACAAC